AUGUCUGCUUCUAAAGAUUGGUUACAAGAAGUUCAAGUGUAUUCUUCUGAUUUAACUACAGGUGAAAGGAUUAUUUCUAAAUGUAAAAUUGAAUAUGCUUGGAAUCCUUCUAAGUGUUCUCACUGUAAAGUUUAUGGUCAUAAGGAUAUAAAUUGUGGAAUUUUAAUUGCUAAACAAAUGAAAGAAGAAGAGGAGAGAAGUAAAAUAGAGAAAGGAAAAGAAGGAGCUACUGUGGAUCUUAUGCAAGUGCUUCUUGCCAGCACUAAAGAAGUUAAGGAACAAAAUGAUGGGUUUGUUGAUGUGGUGAAGAAAACCAAAGGAAAUAGUUCAGGGGUUUUUACUGGAAACCGCAAGCAGGGGCAAAAAGGGAAUUAUCCGAAAAUUGGAAAUUCUGGGGCUUCUGCUGGAAUUCGCUAUCAGGGGUAUAAUGGGAAUAAUCAGGAAAAUUUGGAAUUUAGUUUUGAUAGAGGUGGGAAGACAGGAGGUAAAAAUGGGCAGGGAUAUUAUGGGAAUAUUCAGCCAAUGAAAGGAAAGUCUAAUGAUUCAAAGAUUGAACAGGGGAUUUGGAAGAUGAGAAUAAAUUUGUUUUUCUCAAAAGGAGGUGUUGAUGAGGAUGAUCUUGCUUAUUUGGAUUCUGUGAAUCAGAUGGAUGUCAUUGGUAGUGUCCCUGUGUUUGACACUAAAAUGGAAGCUGGUCCUAAUGAUAUUUAA